UUUUUUUUUUUUUACUUUUUUUCUUUUUUGUAUGUCUCAGUUUUCAGAUGAGCAGUUUGAAGUUCAGUGGAGUCACAGUAACUCAACUGCUGUUCUUGACCCUCUCAGUAACGACAACGAAUCUGCUAUUUUAUCUUCACAUAGUUACAUGUCAGACUCGUCACAUGUAGAUAUCGAUAUCUCAGAACAACAUCAAGUAUUUAAUGACAGUAGUAGCAGUAGCAGCAGUAACGAGAGUUUCACGGAGCACAAGAAACAGCCCAUUGUUCUGAACAAAAAAGUGUUUGUGACUGAUCCCAGAAAAGAAACCGAACAAAGCAGUACAUUCAUAUCUUAUCUUGUUCAAUCCAAUCGAAAACAAGUAAGAAGACGGUUUCAAGAUUUUGUGUGGCUUCAUAAUGUGCUCUAUCAUCACUUUCCUGCAUGCUUUGUUCCUCCUUUGCCUGAUAAACAUCGUUUAGAAUACGUCAAAGGGGAUCGAUUCAGCUCAGAGUUUAUUGAGAAGCGAAGAAUUAGCCUUGAGAGAUUUACGCAGCGUAUUGCUCGACACCCAAUUCUCGGUCGAGCUGAUUUUUUUAUCAUGUUUCUCGAAUCCUCCGAGUUUAAUGAUGCUUCUGCUAGAGCAUUACGGGAAGGACAAGAAACGAUGAUGGACACUAUUGGAGAUUCACUCUUAAACGCCUUUUCAAAAAUACGUAAACCGGAUCCUCGAUUUAUUGAAAUGAAAGAACGCAGUGACCGUAUGGAAGAAAACCUGGAUAUGUUACAAAAGACGCUUUUGAGGACAACCAAACGUACACAAGAUCUAAGCCAUGAUUAUGAAGAGUUCACUGUCAGUGUGCGUGAAUUGGCUGAUAUAGAGCCUUCAUUCAAACCAGACUUAGAUUGCUUUGCUCAUGGACUUGAACAGUAUGCAACAUCACUCGGUGCUAUGGCCGCACAAGACAGUCAGUGGCAGAUUGAAGUACAUGACUACAUGGCGUAUUAUCAUGCAAUCAAAGACGUGCUUAAAUUACGCGAUCAGAAGCAACUGGAUUUCGAGGAGUUAUCUGAUUAUCUGCAAUCUACCAUGGAUGAGCGAGCCAAGACCUUACGAGAGAAACCGACAGGCGUUACAAACUAUAUCACAGGCAAACUGAAUGAAGUACGAGGAGCAGAUGUAGAUAAGAUCAAGCGAGAAAAAGUACUACGGUUAGAUGAACGUGUGCGAGAACUACAAGAAGCCAUUGACCAGACACAUCAAGUCAACACUGCAUUUUCAGACCAAGUCAAGAAAGAAGACGCAUUUUUCAAUCAGAAUAAACAAGUGGAAAUGUUGGAUGCCUUAAAGACAUAUACCGAUGCUAAAGUGGAUUUCUAUCGCAAUGUAAGUGAACUCACAUAAACAGUCUACUAAAUUAUUUACAGAAUGUACAAGUGUGGAGACAAGUAGUUCGCAUGCUUGAAGAUAAUAAUGAGAAUGUACAA